AUGCCUCCUCUGUCCGCGUACACUCCCUUUGAGUCCCUACUCUUCUUCCAAUCCCUGGCUACUUCCGAUGUACGCCCGGCGAGCUUCGCAACCAUCUCAGCUAUCCUUAGCAACAAUCCAUUAGUGCGUCAAAAUAGUAGAUUCAGUGCCGAUCGCCUGAGUCCAGAUGCCCUGGAGGAUCUUUACGCGACAUUGUUACGCGAUGGUUUCGAACGCGAAAUGGGAGCGGGCCCUAAUGGGCAGCCGACCGAAACCCAAAGCCCAAGCAACCCGAAAAAGCGCAAGAUCUCUAGUCCGCUACCAGAUGAGCUCCCCGGUGGCUUUACACAUGCGACUCUGAUCCCCGAUCUUGUUUCGCAUCUUUAUGCACGAUACAAGGAUAUCAUGACCAGGGAGAUCAGGGAUGAUGAGAGGAAGUAUAAGGAAAUCAAGGAUCAGGUCGAUCGCCUCCGGACGGAAGAAGAUAAGCCAUCUAGCCUGGUUGCCGCAACACCUCCUGCUACUGCGACAGCUGAGCGGACUGACACGGCGAAUGUGGAUUUGAAACUGGGCUUCACAAAUACGAGUGCUUCUGUACAGGCUACAACACCUCAAGCGAAACAACCUCGGCCAAUCCAAAUACUAGAGAAGCCAAUUGCACCCGCACCAGCUCCCACAGAAGUACCGCGCCAGCCUGUUCCUAUCAAUCCUGCAGCUCAAACACCUCAAAUACAACCGCCAGUGCAGUCACUCCAUGCUCAGACUGUGCCUAACCCUUCAAUUCAGCCUCCUCUUGCCCCUCGAACACAACACGCUGUUCCUUUGGCAUUGGCAACGCCUUCAACACCACGCGCGCCACCUCAUCCAUCACAACUACCCUCCACCAAAGCGUCGGCUAUUACCCAAUUUGACUCUCAAGCUACUCAAAUCCAAUCAAGCUUUCAGCAGUGGCAGCUUGAUCCGCCUCCCCAUUCUUCAUACUCCGCAAUUUCCGCAAUCUCUCCCAACACCGUCACACCACAAACAGGUCCCGCAACUGGAAAGCAACCAGCAGUACAACCCAGUCCUUUAGUCCCAUCUACUGUUCCAAGUACCCCACUCGCGGCCCAAACUACUCGGUCUGUUAGCAAUUCUAUUGGCCGACCUGGUAUUUCAACACCGAAUGUGGUGAUCCCCUUGUCCUCUUCACGACCACGUCUCUCCAUUGAUACGCCGGGUUCCUCGACCCCAUGGAAACGAAUCCCUCGACUUAGUAUUCCGCACUCGCCGACUUCACCGGCCCGUCCACGACCUGAGGAUGUUAGCCCUAUCAGCGAGAAGGCUCCUUCUGGAGACGAAAUGGAUCUUUCUACUCCCCGCGAAAGAAAGACCCGACGCGGCCAGACCGCAGCCGAAACAGAAAGCAAACCCUUAAUAAAUAUAAAGACUGAGAAAUCCUCUACCACUCGAGGAAAGCGUGCUAUUAGUUCGGCUUCUACCCAGAGUCGUGGUCUGUCAGUGUUAUCGCGUGAUACAUCUCCCUUGCAGGAAGAUAUGGUAUCAGGACGCCGAAAAGGCGCGAGUGAACAGACCCAGAAAGAGCGCCUAAAACGCAAGCGAGGUCCCAGCGAAGUAUUGGACCAAGAGUCUAAUCUCUCUGAUGUUCCAAAAGUCGAAACAUCACGAUAUGUCAUGUGUACGCGCGGCUUCCACCGGACAGCAGCGCCAAUUAUGAAUGAUGUGACCACGCAUAAGCUUGCUUCCAUUUUCGCCAAACCACUUGGCGAGCGAGAUGCACCAGGUUAUCAUGACCUUAUCUACCGACCCCAGGAUCUGAAAUCCAUCAAAUCCGCAGUCCACCAAGGCAGCAAAGCAGUGGCUGCUGCAACCGAGGCUGUCAGCACACCUGCAGGCGACGGCGAGUCUCCCGCCACCUCAGGGUCUCCGUAUAAAAAUAACGUGCUCAUGCUGCCAAAAAGUGAGGAUUUGAUGCCUCCAAAGGGCAUUGUGAACUCAGCCCAGCUGGAAAAAGAGCUGAUUCGUAUGUUUGCCAACGCUAUCAUGUACAACCCUGUCCCAGAACGCGGCUUUGGACCUACAUUCCCCAUGAGCAACGACCGUGGUUCCCGAGAAAGUACCCAAUCAGCUGAUGCAGAUGAGGGCGGUAUUAUCCAAGAUUCUAGGGAAAUGUUCGAGGAUGUCGAGCAAGCGGUCACACGUUGGCGUGCUGCCGAGCGAACUGCUGAACGAGCUGCUGAGGAAGUGGUCAAUAAGAACAUUCUCUCUCUUCGACGUAGUAGUGUCAGUGAUUUCAACGGUGACAGCGCCGAUGAUGUGAAGGGUUGA